CACAAUCGUCUUCGUAUUAACGUAACAUCGUGUGCCGAUUGGGAUUCAAUUUAUGAUUUCUUUUGCGCAUUGCAGUCACAAUCAUAAUUCACUAAUUAUAACAAUAUUAUUUAUCAUUAUAUUCAAAUUAUAGAAGGAAACAGACGAAAGAGGGUGGAAUGAGGAGAUUUAUCCGGUGACCUCGUGCCACGCGUGGUAAUGCUACUGGCAAACGGUGCUUCGAUACCGACCAUCGCCGGUACUGUCGAGGAGGAGGAAGAAUAUGCACGUAGCGAAGCGAACAGCGUACACUAUGAUGGCUAUGUUACCGAUCAUACCGAUCUUGCUUCCGAAAUUGAUAUUGAUGAAUCCGAAUACAGACGGGAGCUUCUCAAUGAUAAAUGGCGAAUGCUAUUUGAUAAGUUUGAUCCCGAAGGUUUUGGCGAGAUACCGGUGGAGGAUUUUUUAGCAGCUUUAAAAAAUCCCGAAUGGAAAGCUGAAAUACCACCAAAUAAACGAGAUAUACUUCUUACUAGGGCAAAAGAAUCACGUGUUGAAGCGGUGACGUUUCAGGAUUUCGUCAAUGUGAUGAGUGGCAAACGAACAAGGAGUUUCAAAUGCGCGGUUCACCAUCGUGACCGUGAGAUCUGCUCGGAAAACGAUUUUCAUCUGCUCGUACAUGAGCCUCCUCUUUUUCGCAGGAUGGUCCGCAUGAUCGGCGAUGAAUUUCUUACGGAGGAAAGGGACCGGAAAUAUUAUGCCGAUCAUUACAGGUGUUGUCCGCCGCCUCUUUUCAUCAUCCUCAUCACCCUUGUGGAGCUGGGUUUCUUUACAUAUUAUACAGUGGCGAUGGGAGAGGUAAAUCCUUCAGGACCGGUACCAAUCGACAGCGUUUUCAUUUACAGACCGGACAAACGUCUCGAGCUCUGGAGGUUUGCGUUUUAUAUGUUUCUUCAUGCUGGAUGGCUUCACCUAUUAUUUAACUUGGGAGUACAAGUGGUUGUGGGACUUCCCCUGGAAAUGGUUCAUGGAAGUCUGAGGAUCGCGGCCGUUUACAUGGCUGGAGUUCUUGCCGGUUCCUUGGGUACUUCAGUAUUUGACACGGACGUGUACCUUGUUGGCGCCAGUGGAGGUGUUUAUGCUCUUCUCGCAGCUCAUCUAGCAAACGUUCUUCUCAAUUAUAAUAACAUGGAAUUCGGCAUUGUUCGAUUAAUAGGCAUCUUCGUAAUCGCAAGUGCCGACGUGGGAUUCGCGAUUUAUGAUAGAUAUUCGGCUGAGCAAAUGGGUCCUCCUGUUUCAUAUGUGGCACAUCUGACCGGUGCAUUAGCAGGUCUCACGAUUGGCUUGCUGGUGCUGAAAAAUUUCGAACAACGUCUCCACGAGCAACUUCUUUGGUGGGUGGCGCUUGGUGUCUACGCAGCCUGCACAAUCUUUGCAAUUAUGUACAAUCUCAUGCAUCCAGACUAUCCAUGA